AUUACCGUCUGCCUUCCCCGUUGAUCUUACCGUCCAGAGAUCUUUGUUUAUAUCAAUCUCAGACAUACGCAUAUACAUAUCGACGCAUCGUACAUAUCGACAUCCCACUUGAUCGCCCACACAACUAAGACAUACAUACCCUCCGGCUGCACCUCACCUUGUUUACUGAUCCAGACGCGAAACGUAACAGAAGCCAUGAUGUUUGAGGACAUGGGUUCGAUGACUGAUGACAUCUCUCGGCGCUGCUCUCUUCCGUAGGAUGUUCUUGGCCUUGCUGCUAGAUGCAUAACUGACAGGGUACUAGUGGCGUGCGCUCUAUCGCCAACGCCCCCAACGCAGCUGAGAUGACUGAAGACCGUCGGUUACCGCCUCUGCCCCGCGUCGAACCACUGCCUCGGGGGCCAUUCAAUCCCCUGACCUCCAAGGUCUUUGCUCCCAGCCCUCCCAGUUCUCAGGAUGCGUUCCCCGUCAAGUCACCGUGGCCAGUAUCCGAGCACAUUGUUACACCCCCUUCUCCUGCCAAUUCCGCCGAUAGCUCAUGGCCUGAAUCACUGCUUUCUCAGAAAGUGUUUGAAUGGCCCCAGGACCUUUCUUCGUCCGACCUUUUGAACCUGAUCGCCCCGAAGCAUAUCAACCGUAAGCCCCCCUUGCAGCAGCUAUGCGGUCGAAAGCGCAAGGGCAGCAUGAUCACGGGUGAAUGUGAUGACCAGAGGGAGAAGCACCGUAUUGCAGAGGGCAACCGGCGAAAGAACUUGAGCCAGCUGCACCGUGAGCUGGAUAGUCGUAUCCACGACUUCUUUCUUGAACGGGCAGGCUGGAACCCAUCGAAGAGUCUUCCCGAGUCGAAGGAGCACAUUGUGCAGGGUGCCAUUUUCCUCAUCGAUUUUAUGCUCCUAAUCAUUGUCCACCUCAUCCGCCAGGAAAAUGAGAUGCCUCGGCAGCUCUCCGAAAAGCUGCAGCCUCAGAUCCGGUGCAUGCAGCUUCAGCAGUUGAUUGCCAACCUUCAGCAACAGAACCAGUCUGCCCAGCAACAGAUCAAGGCCUUGAAGCAAGAGAACCAGUUAUUGGAGGAGCGUAAUCAGGCGCUUGAGCUUCAGUUGAAGUCCUAUGAACACAUGUUCCGAUCGCCCAAGACUGAACAGCCAAGCCCUCAGUCUCUCGCCCAGCUUCCUGAUUCGAGGCCACGCAACAUGUUGCCUGGCCUGCGUGUCUUCUGUGACGAGAUCGCUGUGAACAGCCCAGAGUCUGGCCGCUUGGAACCACCACACACCGGGUCUUCCCAAUCCUUCUCGCAAUCCUUCCUCAGCCAUUCACCCCCAAUGACUGGACCCUCGUCCCCAAUCUUCACACAGUCGACCUACUCGGUUCCCGCGUCGCGGCGCCAGUCCGUGAUUCCAUCUCCGUGAGAUGGUGCAUUGGCAGGUUGCCUCACAUAUGAAACCCUUCCUUGGCUUUGUAAUGAAUUUC